GGGGGGGGGGGGGGGGGCGGGUAAUUGGCCUUAGUCGUUUUCAUCAAAAAUGAGGCCUAAUCACAAAGAUAUGAGAUUGGAUUUCUUGCAUGUCUCAUAAACUUGGUAUGAAAGGCAAUUCCCAAACAAGAAUUCCAAGAAUGUUCUAAGCAAUUACAACAUCAGCAGGAAAACAUGUAUAGCCUCCAAAGGUGACCCCUUUGAGAAGGAUAACCCUCAAUAGAUGGAUACGUUCUUGAAUCUUUGUAUAAAAAAAAAGGAGUCCCAUGACUGUGCAGCCACAUGCAGACAAGGAAUGUUCACCAGGAACCCCAACCUGUGCCGAGCUCUGCUGAGCCCAUCACGUUGAAAGGAGCCUCCUUGUCAUGAGGAGACAGACCAGGGAGAGACGAGGUGGAGAGAGGGCACCAAAUGUGGCGGGAGGGGCCUGCUAAUUAGACGCACGCAGGCACGUGUCAGCAGGUGAAACGGAGAAGAAGGGAGGUGGGGCUGGGCUGGGCCGAGCCUGGGAUGAAUCAAGCCUUCCUGUGGGGUGGGGACCUUCCAUCUAAAACAGUAGCCUCGAUUAAAUCCCCUAUAAAAGGUUCCUGCCCCACUCACCAGGCACGCCACACACCGCUUAACAGCCACUUGCUGCAUCCUGCCUGUGCAUUAGGGGGCUUUUCUUCUGUCUCCAGCUUGACUCCGAAGAUGCCUCAGUUACUGCGAAACAUUAACGGGAUCAUCGAAGCCUUCGAACGCUACGCCAGGACGGAGGGCGACUGCGCGGUUCUCAGCCGGGGCGAGCUGAAAAGGCUCUUGGAGCAUGAGUUUGCUGACGUCAUCGUGAAACCCCACGAUCCGGCCACUGUGGACGAAGUCCUGCGCCUGCUGGACGAAGAUGACACGGGGACUGUGGAAUUCAAGGAGUUCCUGGUCUUGGUGUUUAAAGUCGCCCAGGCCUGUUUCAAGACACUGAGUGAGAGUCCUGAGGGGGCGUGUGGAUCUCAAGAGUCUGGAAGCCACCCCUCUGGGGCCUCACAAGAGCUGGGGGAAGGACGGAGAAGCAGCACUGAAGUGGGAAGGGUUGGGAAAGGACAGCGUCAUGAGGGGAGCAGUGGUGGACAGAGUGAGCAGGCUUCCAGAGGGCAGGGUGGGACUGGGACUCAGACUCAGGGUCAGGACAUCAGCUCUACUCAGGUCAGUGACCAUGACAAGCAGUCUGAGUCCCAGCGACAGCAGAGAGAGAGCCAGCAGACACAAAGCAGGGGGCAUGUAGAGCAGCCCCAGAGAGUAGGGGAAGACAACGGUCCUCAGACAAGAGAGCUGGGGUCAGAGAGACAGUCGCAGACCAGGGAACAGGACAGAGCCCACCAGACAAGUGAGACCAUGAGUGGAACCAUAACUCAGACCCAGACAGGUGCCACCCAGACCAUGGAGCAGGAAAGGAGCCAUCAGACAGGAAGCACUGGCACCCAGCCCCAGGAGUCCAUGUAUGGCCAGACCAGAAGAACUGAGACCCACAGUCAAGACAGGAGCCAGACCAGCCAGGUAGUGACAGGGGGACAUAUUCAGACACAGGCAGGUGUCACCCAGACUGUGGAGCAGGACAGGAGCUGUCAGACAGGAAGCACAGGCACCCAGCCCCAGGAGUCCAUCUGUGGCCAGACCAGAGGAACUGAGACCCACAGUCAAGACAGGAGCCAGACGAGCCAAGUGGUGACAGGACACAUUCAGAGACAGGCGGGGUCACACACACAGACUGUGGAGCAGGACAGGAGCCAACAGACAGGAAGCACUGGCACCCAGCCCCGGGAGUCCACGUAUGGCCAGACUAGAGGAACGGAGACCCACAGUCAAGACAGGAGCCAGACAAGCCAGGUAGUGACAAGAGGACACAUUCAGACACAGGCAGGUGCCACCCAGACUGUGGAGCAGGACAGGAGCCAUCAGACAGGAAGCACCAGCACCCAGCCACAGGAGUCCACAUAUGGCCAGACCAGAGGGGCUGAGAUCCACACUCAACAUAGGAGCCAGACAAGUCAGGUAGUGACAAGAGGACACAUUCAGACGCAGGCAAGGUCACACACCCAGACUGUGGAGCAGGACAGGAGCCAUCAGACGGGAAGCACCAGCACCCAGCCACAGGAGUCCACCUGUGGCCAGACCAGAGGAACUGAGACCCACAGUCAAGACAGGAGCCAGACGAGCCAAGUGGUGACAGGACACAUUCAGACACAGGCAGGGUCACACACACAGACUGUGGAGCAGGACAGGAGCCAUCAGACGGGAAGUACUGGCACCCAGCCCAGGGAGUCCACAUAUGGCCAGACCAGGGGGACUGAAAUCCACACUCAAGACAGGAGCCAGACAAGCCAGGUAGAGACAGGGGGACACACUCAGACACAGGCAGGGUCACACACCCAGACUGUGGAGCAGGACAGAAACCAAACUUCAAGCCAUAUAGGGUCUAGAGAACAGGGACAGACCCAGACACAGUCAGGCAGUGGUCAAAGAAGGACACAAGUGAGCAACUAUGAGGCAGGAGAGACAGUGCUGGGAGGACAGGCCCAGACUGGGGCAAGCACUCACUCAAGCUGCAGUGUGACAGGAGGGCAGAGAGAGAGAGAGCCCACAGUAGUUAACCAGGAGUGGGUUGAUGACCAGACAAGGACGAUAGUGAUCCAAAGGCAGGACCAGGGGAGCGUGCACACAAGCGUGCCUUCAGCACAGGGCCAGGAGGCAGCCCAGCCAGAAGGGAAGCGAGGUAUCACAGCCAGGGGGCUGUAUUCCUACUUCAAAACCACCAAGCCAUGAGUGUCCCGCUCCUGGACCCCAGUGCCAGGAAGGACACAGCUGGAGAGGAGUUGGCUUGUCCUGCCCUGGCCAGUCCAGUUGGCAUGUUCCUGGACAUCAGCUCUUAAUCAUGCUGCUUCUCUUUUAGGUCUUUCUCAGUGAGACUCUUUCUGCAAGGUGCUUUUAUCCUAAACUCUUCUCUCCUACCUGCUUUGCUGUGCUCCUCUCAGGAGCAGGAAGACAUAGAGCAAGUGAUCCCUUUCUGCUGAAUUCUCCUCAGCCUGUGAGAGUUUUCAGAGCUGCUUUUUUCUCUGCCAUCUGUCCAUUGCCCCAUCUAUCCUAAUGCAUCAAUAAAGCCUUCCUAAGCAACUAG